AUGACUAUUACCGGGGGGAUCGACAAAGACGGAUCAGACGGACAGAACCCAGAGAUGCAGAAACCAGGAAGUGAAUCGAGCUGGGGUCGGGGAUUGAACUUUUUCCGGUUCCACUUACAAAUUGGGGUCCGUGUGAAUGGCGUGGAAACCCGUGACCCGGGGAAUAACGGCCCGGGCAUUGGCACAGCCCACAUUACUACGUAUUGA